AUGCCUUUCCCCACAAUAGUCUCUACGUCAUCAAGCUCCUCCACUAAAGCACUUUGCGCAGGCAAGUAUCUGGCCACAGCAGCUGAAACAGGAUGUUCUGAUCCCGUAACCAGAGCCUUGAUCGGCCCUUCAGCAACCCCUGUAAUCCAUAUGUCAUUAUCUUCGUUGAAAACUGCUUCGACUAUUCUCAUCUUCCCUGUCGUCAAGGUCCUCCUUUUAACCUAUGUCUCGCUAUACCCUCAAACGGGCUUUUCAUCGACAGGUCUUGAAGCCCAGCUGUUUUAUGGCGACUCACGGACAGGAACCUAUGCCUUUGACCCCAUAGGACAAGAUACAGUCUCACCGGCGGGAUUGCGUCUCGAUGACCAAUAUUUUGCCUUGAUAAAUGAUACAGGUGCAGCAGGGAUUUUCGGUCUUGGUUUCCCCUUCAACUCCGUCUCUGCCCUACACGUGUUCUUCUACGAGCACACAUCGCUUUUCCAACGUCAAGUAGAAGUCGCCAACAAUGCCAAGGAAACUUUAGAACACGCUCUCUUCCGGGCCUCAACGUCAUGCUUCCUGCGUUUUCUGCCCUCACGAGCCAUAUUGGGCCUCAGCAUCAGCAAUUGGAUCAUUCUAAUUCACUUGAACGCCCCGAUGUUCACUGUGACCUUGCAACGGAACACAAUAUCUCGAGGAGGUAACGUUGGACAGCUAAGCAUCGGAGAGCUCCCCGCUGAACGUGGUCUGGCCAGGCCAACAGGUGCUCCGAAUAAGAAAUACCCCAUUACCUGGGAACUCUUCAUUGAUGCACUGACGCACUUGAAUUGA